CGCGGCAAAAUGCAUACGUGGCGCUGUGGUAGCAACAUGCCACUGUGAAGUGGCAAGAAAAAGACAAGUCGUAUGUCGUUUUUAAUUGGUUCGGAUUGUAAUUUAAUAAAAUGAGGUGGCUCAUUCCGUGUUUAUUCCUAAUUUUUUCAAACCCCUGUGUAAACUGCUAUUUCAUUACCGUAGACGCGCACGCCGAGGAAUGUUUCUUUGACAAUGUGGAAGCGGGCACGAAAAUGGGUCUUACAUUUGAAAUAGCAGAAGGCGGAUUUCUAGAUAUAGAUGUAAAAAUAAUUGGUCCUGAUGGAAAAAUAAUUUAUCAAGGUGAUCAAGAAAGCAGUGGUAAAUAUACAUUUGCUGCACAUCUUCCUGGUAUUUAUACUUAUUGUUUUGGAAAUCAAAAAAGUAGUAUGACACCAAAAGUAGUGAUGUUUAAUAUGGAUAUUGGUGAAAAUACAAAGCCCAUAGAACAAACUUCAGAUGGAAAAAAUUCUGAUCCAAAUCAUAACAAAAUAGAUGAUAUGAUUAAAGAAUUAAGUACAAGUUUAUGGAGUGUGAAAAAUGAGCAAGAGUACAUGCAGGUUAGAGAUAGAAAUCAUAGAGCUAUCAGUGAAAGCACAAAUUCUCGUGUAGUUAUGUGGGCAUUUUUUGAAGCUAUGGUUUUGGUUUGUAUGACAAUAGGACAAAUUUUCUAUCUAAAACGAUUCUUCGAAGUUAGAAGAGUCGUCUAAUUCAAUAUAUAUAAUAAAAUACACUCAUUGUACAUUUUUUUACAUGAUUAAGUUAUAAUAGAAUUAAAAAAUUUAAAUAUUU